CUCCCCCUCCCACACACAGCAAAAGCACAAGAACUCUCCUCCCAAAUCUCCACCCUCAAACAAGUCCACGAGCGCCACCUCGACGCCAAAUCCGCCGGCAUCACCAACCUCGCCCACGACGUCGCCGAAGCCGAAUCCCAAUUCUCCACCGCCCUCCAAUCCCACUGCUCCAACGUCGACACCCUCAUCCACCUGCAAUCCACCCGCUUACACACCCUCCAACACCAAUUCGAAGGCGACUUGGGCGUCCUUGAGGCGGAAUUCAUCACGGAGCGCGUGAGGUUGCAGGCUGGCCAUGUGAAGGAACGAGCGGACAUUUUGGGGAUUAUGGGACGCAUGGAGCAGGAUUUCCAGGAUGCGGAGGCGGAUGCGAGGCAUGAGUAUAGUAGUUUGAGGGAUGAUGUGAAGAAUAAGAAUUUGGAGGAGAAGCAUGCGUUGAGGAUUCAGUUGGAGGGGACCGUGGAGGAGCUCUGGAGGCAGUUUCAGGCGGCGCUGAAUCAAUACAACGCUGCGACGGAGGAGCGCAAAAAGCAGUUCGAGGAGCUCAAACUGAAAGACGCCAAAAACGCCAAAGAGAUCGAGCAGCAAAUGCGCAAGCUCGUCAAACUCCAGGUUCGUCAAAUCGAGCGCCGCCGCCCGCAUGACCGGCGUCUCCGAUUCCUUCCCCGCCUCACCUCUCCCUUCCACUCUCAGGAAACGAUCUCCCAUAUAAAAUCCCGCCUCCUCCUCAACGCCAAAGAAAACGACGAGCGCACACGGACGCUCAAAUCCGACAAAGAGCUCAUCCAGCACCAUUUCCAGCACCUCAAACGGCAGAUGAACAGCUUCCGCGAGAAAGAGCGGCGCAAACUGACCGAGUUGACGAUCCUGAGCAAUAAGGCGAUUAAGGAGCUGAAGGGGAAGGUCGAGCAGGCGGAGAAGAUCAUUAGGUUGGCGGAGAUGAAUCGGAAGUUGGAGACGGAGGAGGAGAAGAUUGUGCCGUUUUAUCGGGAGAGUGAGGGGCUGGAGGGGGAGGGCGAGGGGGUGCAGUCAACGCCCCACCUCCCACCCGAACUCUCCUCCAUGACUUCCUUCCACAAACGAUAUAACAAAGUGAACCUAGACCGCCAAGCGCUCGAAAAGCAGCGCGCACAGCUGCAGGAGGAGAAUCUCCACCUGCGCGGGAUCCUGAAACAGUAUCUGGACGGGAUCAGUGUGAAUGAGAGUGUGUUGGAGAUGCCGAAUCCGUUGUUGGUUGUUAAUGGCCGGACAAACGCACCCAUGCGCCACCCGCAGAGCCGCCUCAACGUUACGUACGUUGAAGCGGCGCACCAUCAGCAGCUUGGGAUCAUCAGCGGGCCGAUUGGUGUCAACUAGGGACUCGAGACAUGCGCUUGUACUCUCUGUCACUCAGACGCACACAUUUGUACUUUAUCGCUCUAAACACGCACAUUUUUGGGUCAAAGUUGUUAAAACGCUGG